AUGCUCAGCUUUCUGUCGACUUCCUCCUCCGAGGGUGGGGUAUGGGAGUUUCUCUCCGGUGUCUGCGGACGUCUCUGUGCGCUUCAGCAGGAAGUUUACCACUGCGUCCAAGUGCAGAUCCUCGCUCUCGCCGAGGAGAUGAGAGAGAAACAAAGCCUUCUCUUUGCUCUCCUGGGAUCCCUCUUCAUGGUGGUUGUCCUGGCGAAAGUCGUUCUCGUCUGGUUUCGCGUCUCUCGAACGGAAGAGAAGGCUCCUCUUCGUCGCCACGGAGCGAGCUUGAAGGAGAAACAGAACAAGAGUCAGCCUGAUAGCGCUCGCGGCGAAAAACGCGCUGUCGCCUCCAAACCUGCUUCUGCGUCUUCUUCGCGGAGUCUGCCGUUUCCUGUGGUCGUGAAGAAGGAGGCGGAGCGAGAGACGACUGGACGACACCCCCGUCUCGCGGAUCGGCGUCAGGCCGACGUCUCUGAGCAGAGAGGCAGAGGUCGCGCGGAGCAAGACGGCUCGCCACAAACUCGAGGGCGGUCGAGGACCGCCAAGGAGGCGAAGGGGAAAGGUCGAGAAGCCUCUCGAGUGCGAAGCCUGAAGGGGGGGGUCGCGACGGCUGUCCGCAGCAGCGACAGCAAGGCUCCACGCAUCGCGAAAUCCCGUCGAGCUUCCGCGGACAGCGAACUCGAAGAAAAAGUCACCACCACCCGAUCCGGCCGCGUCAGCAAGCGAACUCCACUGUACCCUGGAAUCAUCACCUGGGUCGGCAACCGUCCUGUCAUCGACUUGACGCAAGACUAGUUGCGAGAAAUGGCCGAAGAGGAGACACGAGGAAGAAACUUCGCGAAGUCGCGUCCAUCGACAGCCGCGGGAGCGGCUGUGUUGAAGCGGCGGUUCACCUUUUCUUUGCGUAGGGGGGGGACUGGCGCCCAGAGUCGUUGCCGACUGCGGGGCGCGGAGAGGAAAAGAUUUUGCUGAAACACACAGAAAACGUGGAAGAGAGCGAGCAAAACACAGCGAGGGCGCGAGAAGCAGUCGUCGAAAGAGAGGCAGAGACACCGGCAAGAGAAGAGUGAGACAGGGUGUUUCGAGUUUUUUGGGGGAAACUGUCGAGAGAACGCGGAAGCAGGGACUGAAAGAGAAAUGAAGAGACAGGCAAAGCGGUCUCUUCGUCGUCGC